UAAGAAAAAGGAUGAACUAGAGGGGUAGCAAUAGAGCCCUGCCCCUGGUACCGUUAUUGAGAUAUUUUAUCAUCUGAACUUUCUGUCCCUAUCUCUAUCUGAAUAGAAGUCAGAAAUAUUUCAAGAACAUUAGCCCCAAACAGUCUACAGUCGAGCACUAGACACGAACCGCUUCACCAUGUACAAGCAAACAAAGGAGAAUACAAUUAGGGUUUACAAAAAUCGAGCACAAUAUGACUUUCAAACAAUUCACUCGAUCCUCGCUUCCACCUUUGUUGCGACGGUAUCCUUUGUUGUAUACGAUGACGGCGACGAUGAACCACAUCCAUUCAGUCUUCCAAUGACUGCGGUCGCUGGACGCUACAAUCCCAAUAGUCAGAAAUUGCCAGAGGAUGAUGGGGACGACGAAACGUAUGUGCAAAAUCAUGAGGCAUAUGACCAGCCUCUCGAUAUAUACUUGCAUGGCAAUGCAGCCAUGGUCUUGAACAAGGUGGCCACUAGUCAGGGUUCCGUGCGUAUAUGCAUCACUGCAACCAAAGUAGAUGGAGUAGUAUUGCACUUUGCACCAAAUGGUCACUCUCUAAAUUAUCGAUCCUGCGUCAUCCAUGGGGAUGCUACAAAGGUGACUGAUCCUGAGGAGAAGUAUCAUGCUAUGCACCUCUUGACAAACCACAUGUGUCGGCGCCGUUGGUCCUCGGUGAAUCCCAUCGCUCCAAGAGCGAUGUCUUCGGUGCAGGUAUUGAAAGUCAGCAUUCGAAGUGCGUCGGCCAAGGCUCGGGCGACAAAUAUCAAUGGCUUGGAGAGGGAAGGCUUUGGAGAAAGAGAUGAUGUAUAUACGGGAGUCGUUCCGCUGUACGAGGUGCUUGGUGAACCCGUACAUAGCGGCUAUCACCCAGAUCGGCCGGUUCAACCUGAGAUGCAGCAGUGGAUCGAUACAAGGAACCGGAGCGAACGAGAUUAUGCGGAAAAGGUUGCUCAGAUACCAUCGUCUUAACGUAGGAACAAUAACUUAAGUCGUCUUGUACUGGCGGUAAUGGCGUACUGGCGGUAGUGGGGUUGGCAGCCCAUCGACAACACCACAAAAUCAAUUAUUUAAGCUCUAAUACUCGACUACA